AUGUUCUUGAAAUUGAAGAUGUUUAAGACCAAUAUGGACAAGAUAGAUGGUAAAUGCAAUGAGAUUGCCAAUAAAUUGUUGAUAAAGAUAGAUCGUAAGAAGCAAUAUGAUCACAAGUCCUUCGAGGAGGAAUAAGAGAAACAUAGAAGAGAUAUGUAUUAGAAGUUGAAAUAAAUAUUUGAUGAAAUAAGGAAGAUAUUGUCUGAGACUUAUGAUCCAUUUCUAUUUGAUAGGAUUGAGGUCUAAACAGUUUGGUUGAAGUAGGUGAAGUCUAUUGAUUACAAGAUCAAGGAGAGUUAUGAGAAGGCAGUAAAGAAUUCAUUGAUUGAUUUAUAAAAAGUAAUUGGUUCAGAGGAUGGUAAGAUCACUCCAGUGCCCAUUUUCAAAUUAUCAGUGGAAUUGGAGAAUCAAUAACAGGAGUAUCGACCAUCAACAAACUAUUUGAAACAGAUGGUCUCUUAAACAUGUGAAUAUAUGAGAGAAAUCAUGAAAGAUUUUAAGAGCAUGGAUGAAGUCAUGAAGGAGGAGAGAAAGAAGAAAUUAGAUGAAGCAAUCUUAUUAAAUUCUAAAGACUCCAAGAAUCCGUAGGCUUAAAAUAUUAGAAGAAUGAGUGAAAUAUCUUAAGUUUAAUAAUAGGAGUAGGAGACUUAGAUAUCAGUUAGGAGUCUAGAUAACGAACAGAAUAUCAAGAUCAAGAACGAUAGUGAUGGUUUGAUUCAGAAAAUCAAUAGUAAAUUGAGCAAGACUUGUGAUGCUUUGAAUUCAGUAGAUGCUCAUGGUUAAUGGAAACGUUACGAUUGGUAUUGGCAAUAGGCAAAUUAGAAGGAGAAAUUUAUUAAGGACAUGAUCAACAGAAAUGAUCCAAUUACUAAUAUCAAAACUCAAUUGGAAACCUUUGAUUUACAUUAAGGAGAAAUCCAGCAAUUAGAAACAACAAAAACCCAAGAUUGCAUCAUCUUGGAUAACACUUCAAUUAAAUCUACUUUGAUUGAUAUUAUGAUCUCUUGGUAGAAUGCUUUCUUGAAUGCAACUUAGGAUAAAGCAUUGCAAGAUUUGAAUUAAUUAUACUCACUAUUCCAGACCUCAGAAACAAAUUUGGACAUUGUUCCUUAAGAUUUGUAACAAUUAAAGAAGAGUAGUGAUCUUUGGAAUAAGUUGAAUGAGGAUAGACCAUCCAUUGAGGCUAAAUUGGGUCCAUUGGAAGAUAAGUUUAAGUUGUUGGAGGAUUAUUCAAUACAAUUGAAAGAUGAUGAUAUCACAAGAAAGAACAAUUUAAGAAACACUUGGGCUAAUUUCAAUGUGAUGUUGGAUAGAAUCUAAGAGAGAAACCGUAAAGUACACAACAAUUUGUACUUGGAAACUCAGAAGAAUUUGGAUGAAUUCAUCAAGGAAACUGGAGAUUACAAGAUUGUAUUUUAGAGUAAUGCUCCAUAUCAAGCAACCAAUAUGCCUCAUGAAAAGGCAUUAUUAAAUUUAAAUGAAUAUUCUGAAUAAGUUAAGCAAUAUCGUAAGAAAGAGGAAUCAAUGAAAUUUGGUUUCGAUUUGUUUAAAUUCAACUACGUUCCAUCUCCAGAUUUGGAAUUCAUGGAGAAGGAGAUUGCACAAUUAUCCUACAUUUGGCACACCAAGGAAGAAUGGGAUUAAUUUAUUAAGGAUAUUGGAAGUACAGCUUUCAGAGAUGUCAAUUGUGACAAUUUGGACGAAAUUGGUGAUGAUUAUUUGAGGAAGUUGAAGGCUUUACCAAGAGAAUAGUAGAAGUGGGAAAUUGUUAAUCACAUGAAACAAAUUAUUGAUUAAUUCAAACAAACACUUCCUCUGAUCAUCAUGUUGAGAGAACAAUACAUGAGAGACAGACAUUGGGAUAAAAUGAGAUAGCAUCUAGGAACCAACAUUGAACCAGAUAGCAAAGACUUCAACAUGGCUGAAAUAUUCAAAUUGAAUCUAUUAUCCUAUGGUGAAGCUGUUAAGGAUGUGUGUGAAGUUGCUAAGGAAGAAUUCAAAAUUGAAAAUGCUUUGGAUAAGAUUGAUUAGAGAUGGGCUAAACUUGAAUUGGAAAUGGACACUUUCAAGAAGACCUACAAAAUCAAGAAGACUGAAGAGAUUUUCACUAUUUUGGAAGAUCAUAUGGCUGUUUUGAGUGCUCAAAAAACAACUGCCUUUUAUGAUUCAUUCAAACCCACUAUUGAAAGAUGGGAGAAUUGCUUAUAACAAAUCUCAGAGACCUUGGAAAUGUUAUCUAUAGUUUAAAGAUAAUGGAUUUAUUUGGAAGCCAUUUUUGCCACUCAAGAGAAGGAAUCUGAAAAACAAUUGAUGGGAGAUAUCAAUAAGUUUGCAGCAAUCAAUUCUCAAUUAUCAGGACACAUGAAUCGUAUCUAUGAAGAUAAGAAUGUCAAAAGGUCAUUGUCAUAUGAGGGUUUCUAUUAAGAAUUAUGUACAAUGAAUUAGAAAUUGGACGAGAGUCAAAAGAUCUUGUAUUAAUUAUUGGAGAAAUAACGUAAGGAUUUCCCCAGAUUCUAUUUCUUGUCCAACGAUGACUUGUUUGAACUUUUGGGAAACUCCAAAGACGUGUUCAAAGUCAAUAAGCACAUCAAGAAAUGUUUCGAAGGUAUCAAGAAAUUCGAUAUCCUCACCCAAUAAUACUAGACUGGAAGAGCCAAAUAAGAUGUCUAUGAAGUUUAAGCCAUGGUAGCCCCAGAUGGAGAAGUUGUUAAAUUCACUACCAAAGUCCUUUGCGAUUCUCAAUUAGAGAAAUGGCUUGGUUAGGCUGAGAAGACCAUGAGAGAUGUACUCAAGAAGGAAUUAUUCUCUACAAUGUAGAGUAUAAAGAAGAAGGAAGGAAUGCGUUGGGUUGAUAAAUGGGUCAAGGAACAUCCUGGAUAAUUGUUAAUUACUGCCAGUCAAUUGACAUGGUCAGGUGAUUGUGCCAAUGUGUUAAAUUAGAUCUACAAUUCUGAAAGACCAGAGAAAAAUAGAGGCUGGAAGGCUAUCAAAGAUGAGAAACAAUCAUUCAUCUUGGAAUUGACUAAAUUGAUUCGUAAACCCAGUAAUGAGGUCGAUAGAUUGAAAUUGGUUGCUUUAAUUACUAUUGAGGUACACCAGAAGGAAAUUAUUGAUCAUCUCACAAAGAAUUGUCAAUCUCCACAUUCUUUUGAAUGGUUGAAGUAAUUAAGAUUUACAGGCACAGCAGUUAAUGAUAUAUUUGAGUGUAAGGUUGAAUAAGCUAAUAGCAGUUUUGCUUAUGGUUAUGAAUAUUAAGGUAACAAUGGUAGAUUGGUUGUAACUGCUUUGACAGAUAGAUGCUACAUGACUUUGACAACAGCUAUGCAUUUGAAAAAAGGAGGUGCUCCUUAAGGACCUGCUGGUACUGGUAAAACAGAAACAGUUAAGGAUUUGGGCAAGAAUAUGGCUAAAUUUGUAUUAGUUUUCAAUUGUUCAGAAGGAUUGGAUUACAAGAGUAUUGGUAGAAUGUUCAGUGGAUUAGUGCAAGUAGGUGGUUGGGGUUGUUUCGAUGAAUUCAAUCGUAUUGAAGUGGAAGUGUUAUCAGUUGUUGCAUAACAAGUGAGUCAAAUAAUGAAUGCAUUGAAAGAAUACGAAAAGAAUAAGGAGAAGUCAUCCUUCCAAUUGGAUUCAGAUGUGAUACCCAUCAAUGAUCAAUUUGCUAUAUUCAUCACAAUGAAUCCUGGUUAUGCUGGUAGAUCAGAACUUCCAGACAACUUGAAGUCUUUAUUCAGACCAAUUUCUAUGAUGGUUCCUGAGAAUGAAAUCAUUUGUGAAAUCAUGCUUACAUCAGAAGGAUUCAAGACUGGACAUGCUCUCUCCACCAAGAUGGUUACACUCUAUAGAUUGAUGAUCCAACAAUUGUCUAAACAAGAUCAUUAUGAUUUCGGUCUAAGAGCCAUCAAGUCUGUUCUCACCUGUGCUGGUUAAAUCAGAAGAGAUAAAUCCAAUGAAAUCCAGAAAGUCAAGCAAGAUGAGAAUGCUAGAGAGAAUUAGAAGGAAAGUGAGAUGGACGAAGCAAAUCAAGAGACCUAGAUUCUAAUGAGGGCCAUUAGAGAUAUGAACAUUCCAAAAUUUGUCUCUGAAGAUGUCCCAUUGUUUAAUGCUCUUUUCAACGAUCUAUUUCCAAAUGUUGACUUGUAAGAGUAAAUAAAUGAAACUUUGUUCAAUGAAAUUGAAACCCAGAUGAGAAAUCUCAAAUUGCAAACAAGAGUAGAACACAUCAACAAAAUCAUCUAAUUGUAUGAUUCAAAGAAUACACGUCAUGGUAAUAUGCUUGUAGGUCAAUCAUUGGCAGGCAAGACUACAUGUUGGAAAGUAUUGAAGAAUUGUUUAAAUUCAUUGAAUGAAAGAGAACCCAACAAGUAUCCUAAGGUGAAGAUUGAAGUGUUGAAUCCAAAGGCUGUUACCAUCAAUGAAUUGUUUGGUUAUGUAAAUUCUACUAUGGAGUGGAAUGAUGGCGUGUUAUCAUCCAUGAUGGCUCGAUUGUGCAAAGAUGAAACACCAGAUCAAAAAUGGAUGAUUCUGGAUGGACCAGUCGAUACACUUUGGAUUGAAUCUAUGAAUACAGUGCUAGAUGACAAUAAAGUGUUGACCCUACUGAAUGGUGAUAGAAUCUCAUUACCUCCAUAAAUGGGAUUGAUUUUUGAAGUGGAGAAUCUGGCAGUCGCCUCCCCAGCCACAGUGUCAAGAGCAGGUAUGGUUUAUUUGGACAUAAAUGAUCUCGGAUGGAGACCCUACAUUGAGAGUUGGGUUGAGAAAUUGACAGAUCCUUUGGUUUAAGAAACUAUCUUUGAAUUCAUAGAGAGAUGGAUUCCAAAACUCUUCAAACAAAGAAAGUGGUGCAAGGAAAUCAUACCAUGCAGUGAAACCAAUGUCAUUAUCUCAUUCUGUAAUUUGAUGGAUUGCUUCUUUAAGAGUGAAAAGCAAUUGUCAAUGGACAUUCAAAACAAGAGUGAUGUUUAUUGGACACUUCUUGAAAAGUGGUUUACAUUUGGAUUGGUGUGGAGCAUAGGAGCCACAGUAGAUGAAGAUGGUCGUCGUAUUAUUGACUAAUAGAUGCGUGAUAUUGAUUUGAUUUUCCCCAGUCAAAAUACUGUCUAUGAUUUCUUUGUAAAACAGUGA